AUGCAAAACCAAAUUCCUCAUUUGUCAUCAUCAACUUUACUGACAAUAGCUAUCCCACUUUAAUCAAAGCGAUACCAUCGAAGUAGCCUCCCCUGGCUAAUUUGCAUAAACUUGUUUACAAAUGGCGACCAAGUAACAAGAACAUUUUUAAGGGACUGAUGUAGAUACAGAAUAAAAGCAGAAUGUCUCUUAGGACAAAAAUAAAUGGGUUCACGGCCUGGGUUAACCUACGCCUUACCCCGUAUAACCAGCUGCUCAACAAUGUCCUCAUGGAUCUUCUAACAGGGACACACAUGAAAUACCUUUUAGAAAGUUUCACUGGCAGUAAUUUAAAAGGGCUUGAAAACCUGGAUGGACUUACAGAUCAGCAAAAACAGACAAGAGUUGACUGGAUGGUUGAAGAACUGAAGAAGAAGAAUGUUAUUGCAGAAGAUGUUUUCGUUGACACACGAUUGUUUGCAAUGAGAAGCGCCGAUCAUGUGUUUAGCCUACUGUGGCGGCUGAUAAGUCAUGACAUCUGGUUUGUAUGGGAGAGAGCUGAGUUCCUGCAAGUAGAUGACCCAGACAUUCUUACACAAGUUCACUUCACAUGGACACCAGAACCACCACCAAGAAAGAAGAAAGCAAAGAGCAAACAGAAGAAAUCACUACUCUCAGGGUUUGGUGCCUCUAUGACAGCGUCUGAUGACAAACAUGACAAACCAGAAGAUGAUCAAAGUGAUGAUGACAAUGAUAUUGGUGUCAUGGAAUUAGACAUUCCCUUAGUUUCUCCUAUGUCUAAUGAUGAUGAAAUUAGUGAAUUAGAUGAUGAUGAUGAUGAUUCUAAUUAUUCAUAUGAGGAUGAUGAUGAAAAAUGGAUAAAGUUUCCAAAUGCUGAUUAUAUGAAAGGUUUCAAGAAGAAACAAAGAAAGCCUGAGGAUUAUCCUGCCCCCGAGGAGUGCAUUCUUGAAAUGGUCAACUACCAACUUAAGAAACAUUUUGAAUCUACGCGUCAUCCUUCAUCGAUAACACGCGAUGGGAAGGGAUUAUUCUGUUAUAGUAUAGAUGAUUUUGUAGACAGCCGAGUUCUGUGUGCCCUAGUCAACUCCUUUGUGCCAAAUACAUUCACAGCCGACCUCUUGCUCAAUGACAGAUGGACAAUAAACCUUGCCUUGAAAACAGCAGAAAAGAUGUUUUAUGCUGAAACUCCAUUUGCUGCAGAGGAUCUUGUUGAGGCUGAACCUAUGGCUGUUAGUGCUUAUUUUGCAUUUUUCCUCAUGGUUGCAUACAGAUACAGACAAACGACUGCGGUUGUCAAUCGUGUGGAUUUUAUCAACAUGUUGAUUCGAGAAUGUAAUCAUGACCUGGAGAAAUUUCCACCAAUCAUCUCAAACAUGCAGGAAUUACAGAGGAGGAAAGAUAUAAAACAACAGUUAGAUAGACAUAGACAAGCUAUUGAGAACCUACAGAAGAAAUAUGAUGUGGAUUUCUGUAGAAAGUGGGUGCAGCAUGUGGAACAUGUACAAAAUGAGUUGAGGCGAGAAAUAAGGGACAAGAUGCGGGAAAGAUUUGAAAUCGUGGAGGUACCCAGAAAUAUCACCAUCAAUGAUUUUUGUCUUGCUGCUGUAAUCAAUCUGAGUCUAACCAAUGGCUGUGGUUUUUACUUGUCAACAAUGCGGGAGAAUUUAAGUGAAGGACGGAAAUUGGUUCUGCGGAGAAAAGAAACUGGAGAAUUUAUUGAAGACUUCACUAACAAGUCAAAAAUGAGUAUAAAGGAUGCUUUACACAUCAGUGAUGUACCUGGUCAGGUUCUGGAAAUUAAUCCUGAGGAUUACCCAGAGUUUGAGUUCUAUUUUGAGGCACAAAGCCGGAACAAGCAGCUGAAAACUGGCAGUUACUUCCUGUAUCAGGUGUUCCCAGGUAACACCUCCACCUGGCAGAGAUUGUUCAUCAAAAGUGCUCGAGAUUCCGAGUACGAGACAGUAGAGAAAAUGAUAGCAUUUUUCCGUGAAGAUUCUAGCUUCAUCAACUGCAGAGAACCCAAAACUGGCAACACUGCUUUACACCUGGCCUGUAGAAUGGGGCAUUUUGAUGUAGUAAGACUACUGCUGGAAAAUGGAGCAAACUUUGAUAUCAAGAACAACUUCAGAUGUGCUCCAAUCAACCUGGCAAUAGAAUCACUGCAGAGAAAAAUAUGUCAUUAUUUGAUAGAAUGGGGUUGUGAUGUACACAGUAAAAAUGUGAAGGGACAAACUGUUUUAGAAACUAUCAAAAAUGAUGACUUCAAGCGAUUCCUCAUGGUUUUGUAUGAUUAUUACUCCGAGUGUGUUCCAAAGAUAAUGGGAGGAGACAUGCAGUUACUAGAUCAGGUGAUAGCAGAUCAUGCUUCAGGUGCUAAAGAAUUCUGCUGUCUCCGUAGCAGGGUGAUCAAUGGGAGUACAUUGUUACACACUGCUGCCUAUUACGGACAUAUUCCAGCAAUCAAAGAACUACUGUCUCUACGUGUAGAUGUCAACAUCAGAGAUUAUAAAGGGGCCACACCUCUUCAUCGGGCCAAAAAUCCUGAAAUAAUGGAGAUUCUUCUUGAGGCUGGAGCACAUGUGAAUGCUGAAGAUUCAGAAAGUAACACACCACUGCAUGUCAAGUGUUAUGGUGAAACUGGAAAGCCCUCAGAUAUUGAGUGUAUACAAAUGUUACUCAAUAAGAAUGUAAGCCUUACCAUAAGAAAUAGCAGGGGCUUGAUGCCAAUACAUUGCUGUGUGAUGCAAGGACGUAUAGAUGUGAUGCAGAUGUUAAUAAACCAUGAUAAAACAAAUGCCAUGGCAGCUGCUUUGAGUAAAGAGAGUGACAAGAAACCUCCAAGUCUUAUGCAUCUUUCCCUUGCCAAUGAUUUCCCUGAAUGUGCUGAAUGGUUACUAGCUAAUGGUUUCGAGUUCAAGGAGAAAGAACAAGACAUCUUAAUGAGAAGAAUUCUAACAGAACAAAUAAAAUUAGAAAAACGUGCUGAGGCAAUCAAGUUUUUAUUAGACAAUGGUGCUGAACCAAGCCCCAAAUACCCAGGAGGAAAUUCAGCACUUCAUUAUGCAGCCAGUUUAUCAGGUACUAGUGAUGUACUGGAACUGUUGGUGGCCUACAGAGCCGAGAUUGACGCCAUUAAUGAGGAUGGUUGUUCACCGUUGUUCUUUGCUACCCAGUCUAACAACAAGUUUGCAGCAUGUGUGCUGAUUGAACAAGGAGCUAAUGUGCGACAGAAAAACACACAAGGUCUGACAGCAUUUGACUAUAUCGUAGACUUCGAGGACUGGAUAGAGUGCGGAUACUUCAAUGAAGAAAUCAAGGCUAGGUUAAAAGCUUACAAUCUGAAACAUGCCAGAGAUCUGAUCAGGGCUAUAUCAAAGAGGGUCAAACCUGGCACAUUACCAAUGAUGCGACAUGAUAUGAGUAAGUCUGCAUUCUCCAUCCAGACACCCCAUAGGCCAGCACAGUACCGAAGUGGGACGUCCAUGUCACGCCACAAGAUGUUACCUCCAGUAAAUACUGGUGGUGCACCGAAAUAUUUGAUGUUCUAAAAACUGGAGGCUAAAUGAUAUUAUUUGCUGGCUCACAACUUUGUUAAAUGAACAUCAUGUUAACUGUGUUAAAACUUUAAGACUACCAUAUAUGAAAUUACUUGAUCUUCCAUUCUGCCCCACUUUUUACCUAGUUUAUUUAAAUAAAGGGUUUAUUUUGUGUUAAGAUGAUGAAGUAGCACUGUGACUGUAAGUCCAUACAGCACAUAGGUUUGCAAGAGAAAAGAGUGAAACUGUUUUAAUGAACCAUAUUACAAGCAUGUUUAAAGGGAUUUUCUUUUUCCAACUUGAAUCUUAGUCCUAACAGACAUUGGUAAUAUUGGACUAAUAUCAGGAAACCACUAUCAGUGUAUGAUAUUGGUCCAUCAUCCAGCUGAUGAUUAGACAUCAACAUUGAACCCUCAUCUGUUGGGAACAAUAUUGUCAUGUCAACUGCAAAAGGGAUAUUGGGCUGUCAGAUAUCGGUCCAAUAUAUAAUGCUUGACACAAUAAAUGGUCUGUACAAAUAUAAUACAUUUUUGCAGAUGGAAUUGUUAUAAUUUAUACAGUUUAUAUGCAAACAUUUAGUCAUAUAUAUACACCCCUUGUAUUAAGUGAUUUGAUUUUGUACAGAUCUAUACUUUAUGUAUAUUUUAGUUUAAACUGUAAAUGUCUCCAAAAUCCCACUGCUUAUGUCAAAAUUUGUGAAAAUUUUAUUUUAAAGAUACAGUACAUGUACAGUAAUUGUUUAAUCUGAUAUACACUAUUUUCCAAUGAAUGUUAAUGAAUGAAAAGUUCAUCAGUAGUCCUUAUUUCUAUAAAAGUUCAAAUACAGUCCAACCUGCACUAAAGAUAGCCUUCAAACAGGUACCACCUGGCUUUAAAGACCACUGAUGUCACCUCAAAGUUUAAUUAUUUCAUGUAAAUAAAUUCCACUGGGCAAAGAAAAACCACUUUCUGACUUUCCAAAUUUAAGUCCUUGUAUAAAGGUUAGACUGUAUUUAAAGAAUUCAGGCAAAAUGGGUGAAGGCAACGUAAAAGUCUUGCAUAAAAUGGAUCUUUCCAUUGCAGUGGAAUCACUCUAAAACUGAAUUGAAUAAACCUUUAAAAACUGAAAACCUCUUUAAACUAAACUU